AUGUCCUACAUCUCCGUGGCAGCUUGUACGCUGCCCAGCGUGCCUCUCGACUUCCAGGGCAACAGAGACCGCAUCAUCGAGUCCAUUCGCGUCGCAAAGGCAAAGGGAGCCACUCUCAGAACCGGCCCUGAGCUUGAGAUCCCCGGAUAUGGCUGUCUUGACCAUCACCUCGAAGGCGACACGUUCCUCCACAGCUGGGAGGUGUUGGCCGAAAUCAUUGCGGACGAGGCUUGCAAGGGCAUGCUCGUAGAUGUCGGCCUGGGCGUGAGGCAUCGCAACGUGCGCUACAACUGUCGCGCUCUGUGUACUUACAAGAAGAUCUUCUUCCUCAGGCCCAAGAUGGCACUGGCCAAUGACGGCCUCUACCGUGAGAUGCGCCACUUCACGGCCUGGGCCAAACCCUACGAGAUCGAAGACUACUACCUAGAAGACGUCGUUUCUGAGGUGACCGGCCAGUCGAAAGUCCCCAUUGGUGACGCCAUUCUAUCCUGCAAGGACACUGCGGUGGCCUGUGAGACAUGCGAGGAGCUGUUCACGCCUCUCAAUCCGUCGUCGUACUUGGGUCUUAACGGUGCCGAGGUCAUCCUGAACAGCAGCGCAAGCCAUGCCGAGCUGCGUAAAUUGCACACGCGUCUCGACCUGAUUUCCAACGCCACACGGAGACUAGGCGGUGUUUACGUCUACUCGAACAUGACGGGUGUGGAUGGCGACGCACGUAUGAUGUUUGACGGGUCCAGCAUGGUCCUCUGCAACGGAGAUGUCCUGGCUCAAGGCUCGCAAUUCUCACUGCGCCCGGUCGAGGUUGUUACGGCCACAGUCGAUAUUGAAAAAGUCAGAAGUUACCGAUCAUCCAUCUCUCGAAAUCAGCAGGGCGCAAAGCAGCGAGCAUUCCCUCGGGUCGAGUGUGACCUACGUUUAGGCCGGCCAUCUCGUCUGGUACACCGGUCAAAGUAUCCAGCAUCGAAGGUGAUGGAGCUUAAGACCCUCGAUCCUAUGGAAGAAAUAGCCAAUGCUCAAGCUGUUUUCCUGUGGCAGUAUCUUUCCCGGACAAAUUCGCCCGGCUAUUUCCUUCCACUGAGUGGCGGUCUUGACUCCUCGACUGUUGCUCUCUUCGUGUACAGCAUGGCUCGCAUGGUACUUCAGGCCAUCAACGAAGGGGAGCAAACCGUUCUUAAUGAUCUUCGCCGGAUCACGGGCGAGAAGUCAUUCACGCCUGCCACGCCCGAGGAUAUCGUAUCCCGUGUAUUUCACACCUGCUACAUGGGCACGGUCAACUCAGGAGAGGAAACGCGGUCCCGCGCAGAGCGCCUUGCAAAGCGCCUUGGUGCCUACCACUCUGACAUCAAAAUCGAUGACGCUGUUAUAGCCCACGAAAAUAUCAUUGCGCAAACGCUCGGUGGUUUCCGUCCAAAAUACUCAAUCGAGGGCGGCAGCCCGUCCGAAAACCUUGCCCGGCAGAAUAUCCAGGCGCGCAACCGCCUCGUCGUAGCCUACGAACUGGCCCAGCUGUCAACAACUGCACGUGACACUCCUCGGAAAGGCGCUGCGUUGCUUGUCUUGGGCUCAGGGAACGUCGACGAGAACCUGAGAGGCUACUACACCAAAUACGAUGCAUCUUCGGCCGACAUUGCACCCCUGGGUAGCAUUUCCAAGACAGACGCCAAGAGCUUCCAGGCUUGGGCGCGCGACAACUGGGACCUUCCUAUCAUGACGGAAUUCAUUGAAGCGACCCCCUCGGCAGAGCUGCUCCCUCUGUCUGCAGGCGUACAGGAUGAUGAGUCUGACGCUGAGAUGGGCUUCACCUACGACGAGCUAUCGCAAUUCGGCAUUUUGCGAAAGGUCGAGAAGCUGGGACCUUGGUCAACUUACCAGCGCCUCCUUGUAGACUGGAGGGACCGACCGGGCUUCAACCCAAGAAAGAUCGCGGACAAGGUGAUGCGCUUCUUCAGGUUCUACUCGAUGAACCGACACAAGACGGUCAUCCUCACGCCCAGCCCGCACUUAUCCGCGUACAACCCCGACGACAACCGUCACGAUCUGAGGCCUUUCCUAUACGUCAUCGACUGGCCAUGGCAGUUCAAGAAGAUCCGCGACGAUGUGGACGAGCUGGAGAGGGAAAUCGAAGACGAGAAGUCUGGCAAGCGGCAGGAUGUUGAUUAG